CCGCGUGACCCGCGCCGGCCAACCUGCGCGCGGGGAUUUGGGGGCAAAGCGCGGCCCCGCGAGCAGCUGCGGCGGGAGAGCGGCGGGCCGAGAGCGUGAGUCGCCCGCUCGGCGCUGCCUGCUGCCCAGCCGCCCGCUGCGCGCAGCCAUGUCCGAGGAGAAGCCCAAGGAGGGAGUGAAGACGGAGAAUGACCACAUCAACCUGAAGGUGGCCGGGCAGGAUGGCUCCGUCGUCCAGUUCAAGAUCAAGAGGCACACGCCGCUCAGCAAGCUGAUGAAGGCCUACUGCGAGCGCCAGGGCUUGUCAAUGAGACAGAUUCGAUUCAGGUUUGAUGGACAACCAAUUAAUGAAACAGACACCCCAGCACAGCUGGAGAUGGAGGACGAGGACACCAUCGACGUGUUCCAGCAGCAGACGGGGGGGUCCGGGGCGGCCAGCUGCCUCUGCGGUGCAGCCUCUAGAGCCACCGUCCCCUCGUGUCACUGCGCUCGUGUUCGCUAUUGAACAGUGAAGGUGUGACCAUGCCCACCCCAGGGAGGCUCAGACACCGAGGACAUUCCCCAGAAGGACUUUGCUCUCUGACGUACUUGAGUGCGGCCGCGGGGAUGUCCACGGCUUCCCCCAGCCCAUCACCCCGGUACCUCUGUUUGGGAAAAAUGCAUGGCGAGGGGUUUUGGUUUUGUUUUUACUUUCAUUUUUGUUUUUUCUCCCUCCUAUGACAUUUCCCCCAAACUUGUGGCCUGAGUGCCCACUUUCCGUCUAGGUGGGGCUCUUACCCCAGCUAUUGGCCCCUAUUCCAGUCGUGUAGAGAACUCACGUCACUGCUCUGGGGGUGUUUCUUUGGGGUGAGUUUUGGGGACACGGUCGGGAUGGGAGACAAACUUUCACUUACUGUUUCUCGCUGGCACAGGUUUUUUUUAAUGCUAAAUAUUACAAGUGUAAGCUUUGUCAGAAUAUAGUAAAGUUGAAGGGAAAAUACUGGAAUGUUUCUUAAAAGGUAAGAAGUUCUUCAGUAACGUGGCCCCGUAUGGGGCCUGGGGCCUAGGACCCAUCACCACCCAUGGCCAGUCAUGCUGUUCGGGUGCAGUGAAAAUUGGCUUUUCCCCUUUCCUUAACAGGGAAGAAGUAAUUCCCACAUGUCUCACCUGGUAAUAGUGCCGGGGCCUCAGAUUUCUUCCAGUAUUUGCUUCUGAUGAAUAACGAUGGUCUGUAUAUAAAAAAGGAAGAUUGAGUAUUGCUGUUUUGCAGUUAACGUUUUUGUGUAAAAGAGCUGCUUCAAAGUAUGGUUUUGGCGGCUCCAGGUCAUGCGGUUAUGAUGUGAAAGACGGCUCCAGGUUCUCCCCAUGGGCUGUGCUCUGCUCCCCAAGUUGGUAUGGAGUUUACGUGUUACAUGUGAUUUCAGUUCUGUGAAGCAUUUGGGGUCUGUCCCGGUUAAACUCCGAUAGUUGUCCUGUUGCCCUUGUGUGUGGACCCACUGCCGCCGGAUGGCCCGGCACUGCUUGUUCGGGUCACCUGGGCAGCACGACCACCGUCAUCUCUUGUUUGGCUGGCAUCUCGCUGAAGAUGUCUGCUUUUCCUUUGUAUUUUGCUCUUCGGGCACGGGUGGGAUGUCUGCUGGCUCUGUUGUGUUUAUUCCUGUUUGUACAUUAUUUGUUGUCCUUUACUACUGUCAACAGUAAAUAUAGUUUGGUAUUCUGUC